UAAUGGUUUAUUUGUUUGACUGGCAUUGUUACAUAGAGAAUAUUUCUUCAGAGAAACUUGAGCAAACUUACAGAGAAAAAAUCAGAUGGCAACUUCGAAGCUUCAAGCUCUAUGGAAUCAUCCUGCUGGACCUAAAACAAUUCAUUUUUGGGCGCCGACGUUCAAAUGGGGUAUAAGCAUUGCCAACAUUGCAGAUUUUCAGAAACCUCCAGAGACACUUUCAUACCCUCAACAAAUUGGUAUUGAUACUCUUGACAAAUCUCCUAAUAUAAAUGCUUCAUAUCGUUUUCAUUGUGUCGCCAUGUCUCAGUCUUUUUACAGUAUUUUUUGUUUGCUAUAUCUAUUGUUAUCAGUGAUCACAGGAACUGGACUUAUUUGGUCACGUUACAGUACUGUAAUCACUCCGAAAAACUGGAAUCUCUUUAGUGUUAGUCUUGGUAUGGCGGCUACAGGCAUAUACCAACUUACUCGUAAAAUAAAGCAUGAUUAUGCAUCUGAAGCAGAUCCUAUGUUGCAAAAGAAUGAUGAAGAGUAACCAUCUAUCUUGUGCAGAUUCAUUCCAAGAUAACCAAAUCUGUUUGGGGGUUAUAGAUUUGUUUAUUGCAUUUAGAAACUGAAAUGUUAGUGUGACAACUAUGGUUGUAAUACUAUUCCACAUUUCUCAACCUAAAUGGUAAAAUUUAGAGGAAUGCUUUAUCCCACUAACUUUGUUAAGUGUACAACCAUUUGCACACAAAGCAUAGUUGCUAAUUAGGUCCAUCUCGAAAAAUGUAUGCUU